UGCUCGUCGCAUUUCAAAUCGGCAGCGUAAAGACAACUAAUCGUAUCUGUCAUUCAGUCCCAAUUAUAUUAUGUGAAUUUAUAAAAUCUUCCGAUUUUGGAAAUAUCUUAUCUGUUUCACGUCCAGGGCAGGUAGUUCGAAGUAAAUUAGGGUUUUUGGCGUUAUUUGCCAAGUGCUGAUUCCUGGUCUUGGGUUCUCUGAGUCUGAGCUAAUGAUCAGUCGAUGUAUUAGAAUCUCACAGUAACAAUUGCAAAAAGUGAUUUUAACUUUGAAAACGCGAUGGAGAACUGCAGAGCUCGAUAUCUGAUAUUUUUCCAGUACCUUGGUACGAAAUACAGUGGCGUGAUGAAGACCCCUCCCCACCAGCCUGGGCUAGGGGUUCAGAACUAUUUGGAGAAAGCGUUGCAGAAACUGAAACCAGAGAACGAGGCGUGCGUGUACAUCUCCAGCAGGACUGACACAGGGGUGCACGCGCUCUGUAACUCCGCACACCUGGACCUCCAGCGUCGCUCCGGCAUGCCCCCCUUCACCGGGGAGGUCCUGGCCCAGGCACUCAACUUCAACCUGAAGCCUGAGCCCAUCAGCGUCAUUGGGGCCUACCGUGUAGCUGACACGUUCCACGCCCGUUUCCGGGCCUCGGCGAGAACGUACACCUACCGCCUGCUGACUGGCCUGAGCCAUCAGAGACAAUUUCCUCUGGUGGAGAGGGACCUGUGCUGGGCCUUACAAAACACCGAGCUGAACAUCGGGGCCAUGCAGGAGGCCAUGUCGCUCCUCGUUGGAAACCACGACUUCAGCACGUUCCGCGCACUCAACUCCGACAUGCCCUUCAAGAGUCCUGUGAAGACCCUGCAGCACGCUCGACUCGAACCCGGGCCCGAAUCCUUCAGCCAGCGCCAUUUCAACAGGAAUCUACAGUUUUGGGAACUCACUUUCAAAAGCCCAUCUUUUCUGUACAGACAGGUGCGGAGGAUGACUGGGGCGCUGGUGGCCGUGGGCCAGGGCAGGCUGUCCGUCUCCCAGCUGCAGGAGCUCCUGGAGGCCCGGGACUCCCUGGCCUAUCCCCAGAACACGUGUGCCCCGCCCACCGGCCUCUUCCUCACCAGCGUGGAGUAUGACGAGUCAGGUGCAUCAGCGACAGCGUUUACAAACACUGCGAUACAUGCAACCAGUAACAAAUACAAUGUUUUAUCGGAUGCACAGAACACCUUUAUAGCCAUGACAUGGCAGAUUUAAAGUAACCCAAUUAGACGUAAGCAAGUCAUGAGAGAAACAUCCAUUUUAGGUGUCGGAAUCAAUGGUAAUUACACCUUCUACAUUGUGCUGACAGUUUCAAAGUAUACCUGCUACAUUCUGUUAGCUGUGAUGUCAGCAUAUUCUGGUGACUGAAGAACAUGGCUAUAUACAUUGUCAUUGCAUCAUUGUCUAGACAUUCAGAAGAAAAACUGAACUGAACCUUUUUUUUUUUUUUAAACAAGCAUGGUUUGGAUAAC